AUUGGAUCUCGGGGGCUGUAUCUACUUCGUGUGGGUGGGGGCCGGGCCCAGCCCGGCCCGGCGCUCCCCCUUUUCCUUCUGUGCAGACGCUGAAGUUAGUAGACAUGGCAGCCGGCGGAACUGUUUGCAAAGCCUAGUGAAAAAUCAAAGCCAGCGUGUGGAGAGCGCCAGCCACCCCCCACGGGGUGAGGAAAUGGCUCUCACGUGAGGGAGGCGGCAGCUCAAGGACUCCCACCCCGCUCCCUGCCGGGGGAGGGAACACCAGACGCCGCCGCCGCCAACGCCCCGUCGCUCCCGAGCUCUGAGCGCGGAGUCCUGGCGCUGCCCAGCCGGAAGACAAUGCCCACCAGUUUCACAGUAGUGCCAGUGGAGGGGCAGGAGCCUCAGCCCAGCCGGCCACUGGAGGAGCCGAGUCAGCAGCUGGCGGAGUGCAGUUCCGGGGAGCCGGGAGAUGGGAUUCCGAAGGAAAAUAGUCCAUUUAUUAACAGUGCCGAGAUGGACCAAGGAAAUAGCUAUGAAGGGAAAAAUAUGGCUCUCUUUGAGGAAGAAAUGGAUAGCAACCCCAUGGUAUCAUCUCUUCUUAAUAAGAUAGCAAAUUAUACCAAUCUGACUCAGGGAGUGGUAGAACAUGAAGCAGAUGAAGACAGCAAACGAAAAGAAAUCAAGGCUCCACGUAUGGGCACUUUUAUUGGUGUGUACCUUCCCUGCUUGCAAAACAUUUUGGGAGUCAUUCUUUUCCUACGUUUGACGUGGAUUGUUGGAACAUCUGGAGUUCUUGAAUCUUUCAUCAUUGUGUUCAUGUGCUGUGCUUGUACUAUGCUGACUGCAAUUUCAAUGAGCGCAAUAGCAACAAAUGGCGUAGUUCCAGCUGGUGGCUCUUACUACAUGAUUUCAAGAUCUUUAGGGCCAGAGUUUGGCGGAGCAGUGGGACUCUGUUUUUACUUGGGUACAACUUUUGCAGGAGCGAUGUAUAUUCUUGGUACCAUUGAAAUUUUGUUGACAUACAUUUCUCCCAAUGCUGCUAUAUUUAAAGCAGAAGAUGCUGAUGGAGAAACAGAGGCUAUGUUAAACAACAUGAGAGUUUACGGGACAUGUAUUAUCACUCUGAUGGCCAUAGUAGUCUUUGUAGGAGUUAAAUAUGUCAACAAACUUGCACUGGUCUUCCUGUCUUGUGUGAUUCUUUCCAUCUUUGCCAUUUAUGCUGGCGUUAUUAAAACUGCUUUUGACCCACCAGACUUUCCUAUUUGUCUUCUUGGAAACCGUACAUUGUCAAGACACAACGUUGAUAUUUGUGCCAAAUCUAUUGAGGUAAACAAUGAAACAGUGACAACGAAGCUGUGGAGUCUCUUCUGUGAUAGUCCCUCGCUUAAUGCCACAUGUGAUGAAUACUUUAACCUAAAUAACGUGACAGAAAUUCAAGGGAUUCCUGGAAUUGCUAGUGGAGUUCUAAUUGAUAACCUGUGGAGUGCCUAUACAGACAAAGGAUCAAUUGUUGAAAAAAAGGGUCAGCCAUCAGUUACUGGAACAGAAGAGACAAAAGUUGGAGGACUCCCAUAUGUUUUUACAGACAUUAUGACCUACUUCACAAUGCUAGUAGGGAUUUAUUUCCCAUCUGUGACAGGUAUUAUGGCAGGAUCAAACAGAUCUGGAGACCUUAGGGAUGCUCAGAAAUCUAUUCCUACUGGAACAAUUUUGGCUAUUUCAACUACAUCCUUUAUCUAUCUAUCCUGCAUUGUAUUGUUUGGUGCAUGUAUAGAAGGUGUGAUAUUAAGAGAUAAGUUUGGAGAAGCAGUUAAUGGAAACCUAGUGAUUGGUACGUUGGCGUGGCCUUCUCCAUGGGUAAUUGUAAUUGGUUCAUUCUUCUCUACAUGUGGUGCUGGUCUACAGAGUCUUACUGGUGCACCCCGGCUGUUGCAGGCUAUUGCAAGAGAUGGCAUAAUACCAUUUCUUCAAGUAUUUGGUCAUGGAAAAGCAAAUGGUGAACCAACGUGGGCACUACUUCUCACUGCUUGUAUUUGUGAGAUAGGAAUUCUCAUAGCUUCCCUGGAUAGCGUAGCACCAAUUCUUUCAAUGUUUUUUCUAAUGUGCUAUAUGUUUGUGAACUUGGCCUGUGCAGUGCAAACUCUUUUAUGCACUCCAAACUGGAGACCUCGUUUCAAGUACUACCAUUGGGCUCUUUCAUUCCUGGGGAUGAGUUUAUGUUUUGCCUUGAUGUUCAUUUGCUCUUGGUACUAUGCUUUGAUUGCCAUACUAAUUGCAGGAUGUAUUUACAAGUACAUAGAAUAUAGAGGAGCUGAAAAAGAGUGGGGUGAUGGAAUCAGGGGGUUAUCCUUGAAUGCAGCUCGCUAUGCUUUACUUCGGGUUGAACAUGGUCCUCCUCACACGAAAAACUGGAGACCUCAAGUCUUGGUUUUGUUGAAUUUGGACUCGGAACAGGUGGUUAAACACCCUAGAUUGCUUUCUUUCACCUCUCAGUUGAAGGCUGGUAAAGGAUUGACUAUUGUGGGCUCUGUACUACAGGGAAUCUACUUGGACAAAUACAUAGAAGCUCAAAAAGCUGAAGAGAAUAUUAAAUCCUUAAUGGGGGUAGAAAAGACCAAAGGAUUUUGCCAGAUCGUGGUAUCUCCCAGUUUUAGAGAUGGAAUGUCCCAUUUGAUUCAGUCUGCUGGUCUGGGAGGGAUGACACAUAAUACAGUCCUGAUGGCCUGGCCACAGUCAUGGAAACAAACCGAUAAUCCUUUCUCAUGGAAAAAUUUUGUUGAUACAGUCCGAGAAACAACAGCAGCACAACAAGCUCUACUGGUCGCUAAAAACAUUGAUUUGUUUCCAACAAAUCAAGAGCGCUUUUCUGAAGGGAACAUAGAUGUGUGGUGGAUUGUUCAUGAUGGUGGCAUGCUGAUGUUGCUUCCUUUCCUGCUUCGACAGCACAAGGUGUGGAGAAAAUGCAAAAUGCGUAUCUUUACUGUUGCCCAAAUGGAUGACAACAGUAUUCAAAUGAAAAAGGACCUUCAGAUAUUUUUGUAUCAUCUUCGACUUAAUGCUGAGGUGGAGGUUGUUGAAAUGUUUGAAAAUGAUAUUUCAGCAUUCACAUAUGAGAAGACUCUUAUGAUGGAGCAGAGAUCUCAGAUGUUAAAACAGAUGCAGCUGUCUAAGAAUGAAAGGGAAAGAGAGGCUCAGUUAAUACAUGACAGAAACACUGCAUCCCAUUCAGCAGCGGUUGUUAAGUGUGAUACUGCUGCUGCUACACCUGAAAAAGUGCAAAUGACCUGGACUAAAGAAAAGUUUAUAGCUGAAAAGCACAAAAAUAGAGAAACAAAUAUAACAGGUUUUAAAGAUAUCUUCAACAUGAAGCCGAAUCAGUCAAAUGUGAGAAGAAUGCACACUGCUGUGAAGCUCAAUGGAGUAAUAUUAAAUAAGUCACAACAUGCUCAGCUAGUUUUAUUGAAUAUGCCUGGACCUCCUAAAAACAAAAAAGGGGAUGAAAACUACAUGGAGUUUUUGGAAGUUUUGACUGAAGGUCUGAACAGAGUUCUUUUAGUGCGAGGUGGUGGACGUGAAGUGAUCACCAUUUACUCCUAAUGCUGUUACAGAAUAUGAACAGAUUAACUGCGGUAAUUUGAACAGCUGAAAUGAAAUUACCUGUGUACUUGAAAUGAUGCACCAGCUGAAUCUUCUGAUCAUGUGUUCUGCUUUCUUUCAAAGGAAUCUAUCUGAAAUUAUUUACUACAUAGAUUUAUCUUUAUAGAAGAAAUUUAUAUAUUGUAGUAUUAAAUAAAUGCUGAAUAUCAGGAGGGUAUUUUUUUAAGCAAUCUUGGUGUGAGGCCCAAGAAGGGAAAGGUAAUUUUUAUGGCAGAUGAAGUAACUAACGUUUUAAAUGUGCAUAAUCAGAGAAAAAACAGACAUCUGCAUUUUUAGUAACAUUAAUUGUAUUAUUUUGCUUCUUCAAAAGGAUAAUUAAAUUAUGUUAAAACCUUCCAAGUUUAUCAACAAAAUAUGAAAUAUUUCAGACAAGAAACCCUGGUCUUAUUAUUUUGUCCUCUUGACAAAUGCUGCUGUGGUGCAUCUGUGACUGUUGUGAUCACAGUUUCAUCUUAGGUCUCCUGGUUCAUAUUGAUUCAGAAGUAUGUACAAACAUUUGACAUAUUUAAUUAUUUGACAUAAAAGGAAUUUGAAGGAAUUACCUGUUUUCAAAAUUGGUUAAAUAAAAAUUCACAAUUCAGCCAUUACUAACUACUAUAAUUCUUUGCAUGGUGACAAGUAUCAGGGGGUAGCCGUGUUACUCUGUAUCCACAAAAACAACAAGGAGUCCAGUAGAAAGAAAAGGAGUACUUGUGGAACCUUAGAGACUAACAAAUUUAUUUGAGCAUAAGCUUUCGUGAGCUACAGCUCACUUCAUUGGAUGCAUUCAGUGGAGUCCAGUGACACCUUAAAGGCUAACAUAUGAAGACAACAUACGAUGACACACAUAUGGUCUGAAGAACUUCUGCCUUGCAAUCUGAAAUCAGUUUAAGCCCUAACCCAUUUUCCUCUGCAUUCUUCACACCCCACACUCAUUUUGUGUUGGAGCUGAAUGUAUAGCUUUAAGCUGAUGCUAAAUAAUUUGUUUGGGAGUGGGAUGUGGGAGUGGUCUUUUGAAAUUAAAAACUUGCUAGUGUGAAAUGUUAGACUUGAGCCGGGGGCCCUCAUCUGUGUAUGGCAGUGUGACGUUAGAGCUAGCCUCACACCAAAAUUAUCGAUGCUUUGUCUGCUUAGGUGGAAAAUUUGGGAUUAUUAUUAUUAAAGACAAAAGCCAGUAGAACACUUCAAUCUUCCUGGACAUUCUAUAACAGAUUUGAAAGUAGCUAUACUUGAACAAAAAAACUUCAGAAACAGACUUCAAAGAGAAACAGCAGAACUAAAAUUAAUUUGCAAAUUUAACACCAUUAAUUUGGGCUUGAAUAGGGACUGGGAGUGGCUGGCUCAUUACAAAAGCAGUUUUGAGUCUCCUGGAAUUGACACCUCCUCAUCUAUUAUUGGGAGUGGACUACAUCCACCCUGGUUUUCCACGUGUGAGGUAACUCCCUUCUCUUCAUGUAUCAAUAUAUUUAUGUCUGCAUCUGUAAUUUUCACUCCAUGCAUCUGAAGAAGUGGGGUUUUUACCCACAAAAGCUUAUGUUCAAAUAAAUCUGUAAGUCUUUAAGGUGCCACCGGACUCCUUGUUACUAUAAUUCUUUUAAAUUACCUUUUUUGUAUGUUCAUCUAAACUUAACUUUGCUGACUUUACUAAGUUAUAAAAAAAAUGUAUGACCCCCUUUGCACUGCUGCUGUGUAAGGAUAAUCUCCAAAUGGAGGUGAAGGUAUUCUACCUACUCUUUCACACACAGUUCUUUAAUGCUUGUAGCACACUGCAUUCCAGUGAUCCCAGGGUUAGUGAAUGGCUCCUUGGGGGCUAUUGCAUUUUGGAGGAGUCUGAGAACUGAAACCAGGACUCGAGAAUUUUAGCUAUCUCCUGUUUAGAUGAUAGAUAUAGCAAGUGAUGGGGAAGAGAAUAGGGACAGUAGGGCAUUUAUAUAUCCUAUGUCUGUGAUUCUGCCUUGUGAUGGGUGAUGAUUUUCGACAUACGGCAUGCAAUAGUCAAAUUCAAAUGAUAAAACUGAAGUGUAGGAAAUAAGGAGGCUCGCUUUGACCAGUUAAGUGUAGUCUUCUGCUUUAAAUUAAAUGCAGGGACAGUCACCCUAUUUCUUUUCAUUAUUUUUAUUUCUUGAAAGAAAAUCUGAUUUUCUGAAAACUGACCUUUUUUAUAAAAUACGUAAAUGAAGAAUUUCUUUGCCAACUGAAUUGGGAGUAAACUAUUAAAUUUGUAAAUAUUUGUUUUAUAUAGUAUUUUUCAGCUUUUUGUUAAUAAUACACCUCUGUGCAUUAUGACUGGCCAUAAAAUUAAGUUUAUAAAUUACAUCUUAAAACUAUUUGUCACUGCCCAGUGUUUCUUGAUACUGAAAAUAUCUGUCCACAAAUACUGCAAUAGCACCUAGGGACUAUGCUAGUUUAAGGGAUGUGGCAUAAUUACACUAAAGACAAAGUGCAAUGUGUAAAAUAAAAUAUGUUUGUUAUUUUGUGCAGGGAACAUAAUUUCAUGUUUUAAAUGAUAGAUCUGCCAAUAUAUUUUCAGUAAGCAUUUCAGCUAAAUCAUUUUUUCCAAAAAUUUCAUUGAUGAAGUAUAUAUUCAGUCAUAGAUACUUAUAGCAACCUUAGAAGUAAAUGCUGUACAUUCCAGGCCCUGUUUUGAAAGAUAUCUUCAAUAGUUUUGCUGCAGUAUGUCUAAACUUGCACAUUUUUUGUUUUAUGCUUUCUUUUCAGUUCUCUGGUUUAGAAUAUUAGAGUAUGUGGUCAAGUAGUUAUGUAUACCAAAGCUCAUUCAAUAUUAUAACUGAAACACACAUCCUAGACUCCUUGUAAUAAUAAUCUGGCUAUCAUCGUUUAUAAAAAUAAUUUUUGCAAAAAUAUGAAGUGAUGCAACACUAUUUCAGAAUGAAUCUGAAUGUAUACGUAAAAGAGAAUCAAUACCACUCAAUACAUGAGACAGACUUAAUUUCCAAAAAUAAUUAAACAGCUAAAGAAAUUAUGUUUACUAAACUGUGUGAUGAAAGAUUGUGUUGAUGUAAUAUUCAUUGUCUGGCUAGGCCGAAAGAAUGACAGGAGACAUUAGACAGGGGUUUAAUCAGGCUGCAACUUUAUUAUUAGAUAGAUGUCUGGGACUAACCCAGUGGAUAAAAAAUGUGCAGUGCAGGUGCAAAAAUGUGUAUCCCUCCAACAGAUCCACUGCCGGGACCCUUCAAUUCCACCAGCUCCCCCCCUUUUCAUUCAGGUCCCUCCAGCAAUUCCCUUGCCAGGACCUUACCAAUUCCAGCCAAUUCCAGGAGGACUUCCAAGUCCCCCUUUUCAUCCAGGUCCCUCCAGCAAUUCCCUUGCUGGGACCUUACUGACCACCCCCCCUCAUAGGAAGGGUAAAGGUGGACUAUGAUGAUGGGGGCGUUGGCUCCCUGCUGUACCUAUCAUAGGAGUCCCCAACUGCCCCCCGGCUUGCUCAGUUACCAAGCACCUCUCCUUAAUUCCUUUUCCAGGCCAUUUUUCCAUUCUUUUGUGCCUUAAUUUAUGGAGUACCUGCACUGAACAUCCUCUAUACAGUUAAAUAAAGAGUUGCGACAUAUGGCCUACCGCCUGUGCAUGAACAGAGCCCACCUGAACCUGCUGCAAGGAAGGCAAAAAGCCCCCCACUGCACAAGGCCAAUAUGGUGGUAAGGGAAAAAUUCCUUCCCAGCCCCCCUUAGCAGGGCGGCUAGUAUAGUGUCCACAGCAGAUAUAGCUAAACACCCGGCAUAUUUGUUACAUAAUGAGGGAGGGAGGAUGGGUGCUAUCCAGCCUGUUCCAGGUAAAGAGAGGAGUGGCCAAGCCCAUGCUGAUCUUUUUAAACCCCCCAUUACUAGGUGGUGAGUCAUCCAGCACGCUGACUGCUCUUCCAGCAGUCUUACGUCUCCCCUCCUCCCCCCAGAAAAUGCCAGAAAGCUUUGCCCUCCUCUCCUGGCCAGCCAGACAACCACACCUCUGCUUGAAGUGCACAGUGGUGAUUAUGAAUAUGUAUCUAAAAGAAUGUAGAAAAUAUCGGUUCUGAAAUAGCAGAAAGAAAUCCAUCUUCUCUUGGAUCCAAUAUCAUAAGCUACUCUAGCCAUUAAUAAGAAUUAGGGGUACACAUCAAAGUGCAGCAUUUUUCAGUGUAUGCAAAUAUGGCUUUUAACUUAAUAAGUAUUUUUUUUUUCAAAUGUGAAAGUCACAGUCCUUGAAACUAAUAGUUAUGAAAAUUAAGAAAAUGAAUUAUGGCUACAAGAAUAUUUUGCAAAAAGAAAAGGAGUACUUGUGGUACCUUAGAGACUAAUAAAUUUGUUAGUCUCUAAGGUGCCACAAGUACUCCUUUUCUUUUUGCGGAUACAGACUAACACGGCUGCUACUUUGAAACCUGUCAUUAUGAAAAGAACAUUUUGGUAUUACAGCAUAAGUACUUGCCAGAUAUAGAUAUCCUAAGUUACCCUAAGGUUAUUUUUUGUUUGUACUAAAAUAUUUGCAAGAUCAUUAUCUUAUCGCUAUACAAAAAGCUUUUGUAAAUGUUUAGAAAUGACAAAUGAUUCCCUUUGUUUGUGUAGGUGUUCACAAAUAAAUAAAAC